AUGGCAGAAGUCGCGAAGGAGGGAACUAGACGAGGGAGCCUGAUAACUCCAUGUAACCUUAAUGUCUCUACAGAGAUAGUAAGAUGCAACUCGCUAAACGCAGAUAAAAAGCGAAAAAACAUGGAUACCUCUUUUAGUAGUAUUGAAGCGUAUAAGAUCAAAGAAAGCUCAGAGGUCUUCGUUCUCAGAGAAGCCCUAGGGGAAAUAACCAGGUUAGGGAAAACACUGGAGCAGCACAUGGAGCAGAACACAAUUUGGGAAGUCAGGGAAGUAUGUGUAAGACUGAGCAGAAAAGUGGAGAUAAUUAAUAGAAGGAUUGUACAGAGCUGGCUAGAAGACCACAGGUAUGAAAGAGUCGAAAAAAUAAUCGAUCCCCAUAACUGA